AUGCAUAGUAAGAUGCAUUUCCAGAAAGAGGCAAAUAAAAUAAUUGGUCAGGGAAGUAGAAAGAAGGCAAAAAAUGUCAUAACAAAUGUGUGUACAUUUGAGAACCUUCGUUCAUAUGAGUUCAGUCCACCAAAUAUGAAGAAAGUCUGUGAUUACUGGACGAGUGACUACAAGGAAGAGCUUUUAGCAGUGUUAUCUAAGGAUAUCGAUGCCGAAGAACAAGAACUAGAACUUUGCUUUGAAGUCACUGAUGCCUGUGUUGGAGUAGAUAGAUCGAACUUCCGCAUCAAUAAAUACAAGGGACCGAAGGCAAGAAAGGUGCCAGCCAAUAAAGAAAAGAAGAAAGAAAAAGAAAAUGAAGAAGAUAAUACAGAGAAAAAGAAGAAAAAGAAAACCUCGGACAAGAAAACAAAAACUGACAGGGCAACGAAGGCAAAUGGAAAUAAAGACGAACUUUAACGUAUACGAUGAUAGUAGAAUUGCAUAUAAUUAAUGAAAAUAUACUAAUAAAUGAGUGCCUUAAAUGAUAUUAAAUAUUAAUUAAACUCUCA